UGAGGCGGCUGCAGUUUGAAAUAGGUCAGGGAAAAGUUUUGUCUUCUCACAAUGCAGGUGGGAGGAACAGACAGUCCGCGAUUGGUUAGCGAAUUUCACUUUACUAUCUUUGAUUGGUCCUGCUGCUUUAACUGGGUGUGAGGAGGCUGUCGCCCGGCUUGCUCCUCCUCACUCCCCCCUCCACCCCCUAAACUCGGCGGGGUCCUACGCUGGUUGUCACACACUGUUUACUACGGCUUGAAAUGUGACUCUCACAACACCGACUUACCGACUGGAAUACACCGCUCUGUGACAACCAAAGGGAUUUUUUGUGAGCCCGCGUCCAGCGUGGUUGUCAGUGGAUAUAGACUGUGGACUAUACAUUAUUGCCAUGACUGUGGAUAUGUUUGCGGUUGUAUGGGUCAUCAUCACCACCACGGUUUCUGCGAUGGAAGAAACGUUGAUGGACACUCGGGUGGCUACAGCUGAGCUCGGCUGGACGGCCUACCCUGCAUCAGGGUGGGAAGAGGUGAGUGGCUACGAUGAGAACCUCAACACCAUCCGGACCUACCAGGUGUGCAACGUGUUCGAACCCAGCCAGAACAACUGGCUCCUUACCACCUUCAUUGACCGCCACGGAGCUCAGAGGAUCUACGUGGAGAUGCGCUUCACGGUGCGGGACUGCAGCUCCAUCCCCAACGUCCCUGGCUCCUGCAAGGAGACCUUCAACCUCUACUACUAUGAGACAGACGUGGUCAUUGCCACCAAGGGAACUGAUUUCUGGAUGCAGGCCCCUUACCUGAAGGUGGACACCAUCGCCGCCGACGAGAGCUUCUCUCAGGUGGAUUUUGGGGGACGAUUGAUGAAGGUCAACACGGAAGUCCGGAGCUUCGGCCCACUGUCGAAGAAUGGGUUCUACCUGGCCUUUCAGGACUAUGGGGCUUGCAUGUCGCUUCUGUCCGUCAGGGUGUUUUAUAAGAAGUGUCCUAGCGUAGUGCAGAACUUCGCCAUCUUCCCAGAGACCAUGACGGGUGCUGAGAGUACCUCGCUGGUCAUCGCCAGAGGGAUUUGCAUCCCUAAUUCGGAGGAGGUGGACGUGCCCAUAAAGCUAUACUGCAACGGAGAUGGAGAGUGGAUGGUUCCUAUUGGCAGCUGCACCUGCAAGGCUGGGUUCGAGACAGAUAACGGGAAUGUCUGCCGAGCCUGCCCCCCGGGGACAUUCAAGUCCACCCAGGGCCCGGGUCUGUGUCUCCAGUGCCCCUCCAACAGCCGGUCUGCAUCCGAGGCCGCCACCAUCUGCGUCUGCCGCAACGGAUACUAUCGCGGUGAUGUGGACCAGCCGGAUAUGCCCUGUACCAGCGUUCCCUCGGGCCCCCGGAACGUGAUCUCCGUCGUGAACGAGACGUCCGUGAUCCUAGAGUGGCAUGCGCCCCGCGAAACGGGCGGCCGCGAUGAUGUGGUCUACAACAUUUUGUGCAAGAAGUGCCGGGCAGACCGGCGCACCUGCUCCCACUGCGACGACAACGUGGAGUUUGUGCCACGCCAGCGGGGCCUAACCGAGACCAGGGUGUUCAUCAGUAACCUGUGGGCCCACACUUUGUACAGCUUUGAGAUCCAGGCGGUCAACGGGGUGACCAACAAGAGCCCGUAUCCGGCCCAGCACGUCUCCAUAGACAUCACCACCAACCAGGCCGCCCCCUCAAUCGUACCCAUCAUGCACCAGGUGAGCUCCACCAUGAAGAGCUUCACGUUGUCAUGGCCACAGCCGGAGCAACCCAAUGGAAUCAUCUUGGACUAUGAACUGCGGUACUAUGAGAAGGACCAUGCGGAAAUCAACUCCACCCUGUUGCGCAGCGAGACCAACACCGUCAGGGUGGAGGGCCUCCGGGCGGCCACGGUCUACGUCGUACAGGUGCGGGCCAGAACUGUGGCCGGCUUUGGCAAAUACAGCGGCAAGAUGUGCUUCCAGACUCUCACAGAUGAUGACUUUAAGUCAGAGUUGAGGGAGCAGCUUCCUCUGAUCGCAGGCUCGGCCGCUGCGGGAGUGGUGUUCAUCGUGUCUCUGGUGGCCAUCUCUGUCGUCUGUAGCAGGAAACGGGCGUACACUAAGGAAGCUGUGUACAGCGACAAACUACAGCAUUACAGCACGGGACGAGAGCUCUCCCUGAGAGCCGACAUGUCUAACUGCCCCUCCCCACUGGGCUGCCCGACCCACUUCUCAGGCUCCCCGGGGAUGAAGAUCUACAUCGACCCCUUCACCUACGAGGACCCCAACGAGGCCGUUCGAGAGUUUGCCAAGGAGAUCGACGUCUCCACCGUCAAAAUCGAAGAGGUCAUUGGCGCAGGUGAGUUUGGGCGAGGUGUACAAGGGUCGCCUGAAGCUGCCAGGCAGAGGGAGAUCUAUGUGGCCAUCAAGACCCUAAAGGCCGGAUAUGUGGAGAAGCAGAGGCGGGACUUCCUGUCCGAAGCGUCGAUCAUGGGCCAGUUUGACCAUCCCAACAUCAUACGGCUGGAGGGUGUGGUCACCAAGAGUCGGCCAGUCAUGAUUGUCACUGAGUUCAUGGAGAACGGAGCACUGGACUCCUUCCUAAGGCAAAACGACGGACAGUUCACAGUGAUCCAGUUGGUGGGUAUGAUGCGUGGCAUCGCGGCGGGCAUGAAGUACCUGGCAGAGAUGAACUACGUCCACAGGGACCUGGCUGCCCGCAACAUCCUGGUCAACAGCAACCUGGUGUGCAAGGUGUCUGACUUUGGCCUGUCCCGCUACCUCCAGGAAGACACGUCUGACCCAAGCUACACUAGCUCUCUGGGUGGCAAGAUCCCGGUGAGGUGGACAGCUCCCGAGGCCAUAGCUUACAGGAAGUUCACCUCAGCCAGUGACGUGUGGAGCUAUGGCAUUGUCAUGUGGGAGGUGAUGUCGUUUGGGGAGAGGCCCUACUGGGACAUGUCCAAUCAGGACGUGAUCAAUGCGAUAGAGCAGGACUACCGGCUUCCUGCUCCCAUGGACUGCCCCUCGGCCCUCCACCAGCUUAUGCUGGACUGCUGGCAGAAGGACCGUAACGCCCGGCCGCGCUUCACUGACAUCGUCAACACCCUGGACAAGAUGAUUCGCAACCCAGCCAGUCUCAAGCAAGUGGCCGGCAUCCCAGCAGUGCCUUCCCAGCCCCUGUUGGAUCGCUCUGUCCCAGACUUCAACACCUUCAGUUCGGUGGAAGAAUGGCUGGCAGCUAUCAAGAUGACUCAAUACAGAGACAACUUUCUCAACUCGGGCUUCACCUCACUGCAGCUGGUGGCUCAAAUGACCUCUGAAGACCUCCUGAGGAUAGGUGUAACCCUGGCGGGUCACCAGAAGAAGAUCCUGAGUAACGUGGCCUCCAUGCGUGUGCAGAUGAGCCAGUGCCAGUCGCCCACCUCCAUGGCAUGACUGGAGGGGGCGCCAUCCCACGGGGCGGGCAGCAUUCGGGCAGGCAGGGACUACAGCAGGAAGAACUACGCCUCUCACCGAAUGACCCCCGACCCAUCGGAACGCGCCCGGGUCGAGACCAUCAUCCUCAUCUAACCUUCUAGAAAACAUACAACGGAACAUCGUUCUACCGGGAGGCCACUGUCCAUCACUUUCUAUUAACCGGCAAUAUAGAAUCAUCAUCUAGAGUUCAGUGGGUUUCUAGACUGUUUUCAAAUCUUUCAUUUGCAAGUUUUAUGGUGUACUACGAGCAUAGAGCAGACAUUUGUAAUUUCAUUUGAACAUCCUAAUCUGAGCUACGCAUUGUCAGGAGUUCCAGGGGUUGAAAGACCAUCACAUCUUAAACUAUGGCCACAAUCUUGUCCGUGCGUAUACUCACUGUUGUAAUCUAUAUCAUAGUAUUUUACUGCCACCUAUAACCUCACACCAAAUACAGGGGUAAAGUCUUUCUGAAUAUCAGAAUUAGUAUGGUGACCGAAAUGUGUGUGCCUGGAGAGGAGCCCAGUGGAAAAGUUUUUAAAAGGAUGUUCACGUGAGAAGGCCACUGAUUUGAGCUUUGACCCCAAGGCCUUUUUCAGAGACUGGAAUGAGGAUGCCUUGGUCUGGCUAGGCACAGCGGUGUGAAAGUAUCCUAAAAAUAAAUACAUUGAAACACAGUACACGUUGUCAUACACAUAUGGAAAAUUACACAAAGGCCUGAAAUGGUGUAUAUUUUAUUGAAUCAUUUCUCAACAGACGUUUUCCUAUUUUUACAUUUUUUUUGACAUUUUGGAGGUCUUCUCAAGGUCGACCAAAGUUGAACUGGCGUGAAAUAAUUAUUGGAUUUUUUUUUUUACCAUGAAAAGCAGUCAUCUUCCUUGUUUUAACUUUAAUACUACCUGUGGAUGUCUGGGUGGAUGGCUUUGCCAAAGGACUAGUAAAAUGGUCACCCCCAGAUGCUGAGAAUAUAUAUAUAUAGAUAUGUAUAUCUCUAACUAAAUAUGAAUAUAUCUUCAAAAUAAAUCUUCAUAUUGAAGGUGACGUGUAUGAAUAUGUAUGUACAAAACUCUCUCUGCUUGCAUUUUUGGCAAAGAUGAUGUUUUUGUGGACUGUAUUGUGAUAUAUACUGUAGUUUCCCUACAGCGCCACCUAGCCCUCCAGAGAACAAAACAAUGGAUCCUGUUUUGUUUCUUCCCUAAUGAUGAGGGUGUCACAUGGACUAUCCGGAAUGAACUUUGGACUGUAUCUAAAUGUACAAAGGACCACGUAGGCUACACACCCUGUCUAUAGAUGUGUAUAAAACCAGUGUAGGGUGGAAAAAGAAGAAAAAAAAGACCUGUUCAUUCUCUGGGAGCCUGUGUUAAAUGUGAGUGUAUCAAUGCUGUAUCUUGCUUGUAAGCACUUACUUGUACAGAUCGUUUUGUUUUUCUGUACCUCUUGUUUAUUAUUUGUGUUUGAGUGAUUGGCUCCGUCCGGAAUGGGUAGAGGAUUGGCUCACCACUGCUGACCCAAAGUUGACGAUGAUGGACACACAUACACGCACAUGCCGAGCAUUGUUCAGAACAGCCAAUAAGGAUGGAAACAGCAUAACUGAGAGAUUACCUCAUAUUUGCGGUACAUACAGGGCAAAGGAACCCGAAUGUGUGUGAUUGAUUUAUUAUGUCUCUCUGUAUAGCUACCACUUGUAUAUUGUGAUGACGCCGUACGUGUCCGAGUUUGUAAAGCCGUAACUUUCGGAGAAUUAUUGUACUAAAAAUGCACUCAAUAAACGUCUUGGGAAACCAGUC